UAUUAUUUUUCAGAUGUUUAAAUAUUGGGUUUUUAUUUAUGUUUUUUUCAACAAAAUACCUUAAACUUACAAUUGGGGACCGGCAAUUUUUUGCUCAGGACAAGUAGGAAAGAAAAAGCGUUACAGAUAAUUCAAUGGACACACUCUUUGUACGUCACCUGCCUGGGGAGCUCAGCCCAGCACAGAGGGAAGAUUUUCUGGGACAUUUUGGAGCAGAGAGUGUCAAGGUGAUGGGUAAUAGAGGGAGAUUGAAAUAUACUGCUUUCGCCACUUUUAGGGACCAUGCUAGAGCAAAACAGGCUCUAUCACAUCUACAUCAGCUAGAGGUUUUAGGAAGCAAGCUGGUUGUAGAAUUUGCAAAAGAAAACCAGAGAAAGAAUUUCCCAUCAGUUCUGCACGACAAGAUAAAGGAAGUGAAGGAAGAAAAAACUGAAGAAAAUGAAGAUGUGAAGGAUGAUGUUUUACAGACUCCCCUUCCGUCAACUGACAAGACCUUCACUAAAUGGAGUCUGGAUUAUCCAAGAAAUCCUCGGCUGUACUACCUUUAUCCUCCUCCCAACAUGUCAGUCAUCAGCAAUAUAGCGAACGCUGUGGCCGCUUUCCCCAAGUUGUAUGUCCAGGUUCUACAUUUAAUGAACAAGAUGAACCUUCCUUCCCCAUUCGGGCCUCUCACAGCUCAACCCCCUCUGGCCUAUGAGCAGCCAUUUCAGCCUCAGGAGCCGGAGCAUGUGAAGGAGGCAAGUUCUGAGGAGUCUGAAGUAGAGAGUGAGGAGGAUACACAGAGAUCUAUAUUUGGUGAACGAGCUUCAAAAAGACCUAGUCCAAUCACAGCCAAAUCCUCUAGACCAAGGAAAGUUCCACGACUAGUUCUGGAGAAGGAACCCCAACGGCAAAUCCCCACUGGUCCAGUUUUGUCAGCAAAGGACGUGUUUGAACAAACAAAUCAGACUGGAGUUAAGAAGAUUCAACUAAAAAUUCCAGAAGCUGUCAAACCCAAUCCUGUGCAGCCACUCGGAGACGAGGAUAUGCCUGAUAAAGGAAAUGAAGCUGACCAGAAAGAGGAAGGAAGUGGAUUUGGAAAGAUAGUUCCAUCAGAGAAGCCCAGUGAAGAAAUAGAGAUGAAAGACUCGAAUCUUCCUUAUACAAUAGACCCCAGCCUCUUCCUUACAACUGAACAGCUACAGAAAGGCCGCAUCUCAACCAGUGAGAUGAAGAAUUUCUCUGUGUUUAAGCGAUAUGAUGCUGGUGAACCUACCACAAGGCUCUACAUCAAAAACCUGGCAAAACACACCACAGAACAGGAUAUUGUCAACCUUUAUGGACAGUAUGUGAACUGGCAAUCAGAGCUUCAUAAAAACAUGUUUGAUGUAAGACUGAUGAAGGAAGGUCGUAUGAAAGGUCAAGCCUUUGUGACCUUUCCCACAGAGGAGGCUGCGGGUCGUGCACUAAAAGAAACCAAUGGCUAUGUUAUCAACGCUAAACCCAUGGUGGUUCAAUUUGCAAGAUCAGCAAAGGCAAAAGACUGAAAUGAGAUAUCAGUGAUAAAGAUGCUGAAUGUUCAGGGACAAAAUGAUUUGAUUUCCUUGUGACGAUGGAAUUCCUAGAUCAGGUACCGAGAUAUGCUAAGAACUGCCCUAUGAUAACACAGGGGCAUCAAAGUACCCUCAUAGGGGUGUGGACAACACCUCAGAAGUAUUGGGGUGUAUUACAGGCGUUCUUUUGUGACCAAGGAUAUGAACACACCCAAGGAGUUCCAAUGAGAUCUUAAUUGGUCAGGGACAUGGACAUGAUAAACCCAAAAAGUACCAAAUGUGUUGCCAAAUGAUGACCUGAAAUGUGAACGUAAUAACACCAGAGGAGUACCAAAGGUGUUGCUAUGUGUUGGCCAGGAACACUAGAGAAGUACCAAAGGUGUUGCUAAGUGUUAGCCAGGGAUCUGAACAUGAUAACACUAGAGAAGUACCAAAGGUGUCGCUAAGUGUUAGCCAGGGAUCUGAACAUGAUAACACCUGAGGAGUACCAAAGGUGUUGCUAAGUGUUGGCCAGGGAUCUCUACAUGAUAACACUAGAGAAGUACCAAAGGUGUCGCUAAGUGUUAGCCAGGGAUCUGAACAUUAUAACACUAGAAGAGUACCAUAAGUGUUGCCAAGUGGUAGCAAAGGAUAGGAACAUGAUAACACUUGAGAACCAAAAGUUUUGCCAGGUGGUGACUGGAGGUCAGAACAUGACAAUACCUGUGUAGAAACAUGGAGUUCUAAAGAUGUUUCCUGCUCACUGCUAAGAAAUCUAUGUGGUAAUGAUAAAGGAGGAUAAAAACUUAUUUAUCCUGAAAGUGGAUUCCAUUGUUCUUCGACUGAGGAUGAAAAAGAGCUAUUACCCAUGGCCAGUAACUGAAUAUAUACUUGUCCAAAUGUCUUUGCUUACUGAAUCCAUCUACACAAUACAUAUAUUUGCAUGCAUCAGUUUAUUUAGGGACAAAAAAAAAUGCAAUAGAAAACAAAUUUAAGUAUCUUGUCUUUUGUUACAUCCCUUAUAGCUUGUUAGUUUUUGAGAGUGUCCCUCUUCCUUCGCCCACACAACCAUCCUGUGCAUUCGGAUGAUUUUGUCAGUGUCACUCCAAGAUCAAGACAUAGCAAGUUUUCGUUGGUGGUUGUGUCAUCGACUGUUACUUUUAUCGAAUAGUCUCCCUGUAAGAAAAAUUACAUCAAUAAAUCAAGGUCAAUCAUAUAAACUUAUAUGAUUAAAGGGAGAUAAGUCUGGCAUUAACAACUGAUAACAUAAUAUUUAAUUUUUGCAGGUACAUGUACAAGUAAUACAAAUCCACAUUCACUGUUUCUAAACAGAAAUGAAGUUGAUGUAGUUUGUAAUUUUA